AUGGAGUAUCUGCGAAGGCUCCUGAGAAAGGUGGCUGAAGAUUCUCAGUUCAGAUUUCAUUCUAGAUGUCAGACACUGAAAUUAAAUUAUCUAGUAUUUACAGAUGAUUUAAUCAUGUUCAACAAUGGGGAUUUCAAUUCUGUACAGCUUUUGUUAAGGACUCUUGCUACUUUUGCAGCUACCUCUGGAUUAGUAGCUAAUGAAGGCAAGUCCAACAUGUACUGCUGUAAUAUUGGGAAGGAAAAGAAGGAAAGAAUGCUUCAGAAUUAUGGUUUUUGUGAAGGAAAACUUCCUUUCAGAUAUCUUGGGGUGAAUGUUAGUUCCAAGAAACUUUUUAGAGAUGACUUCAAGUGCUUGAUUGAUAAGAUUACUACAAGGAUUAGAAGCUGGGGUUGCAGAUCUCUGUCUUAUGCUGGGAGAACCCAACUUGUGAAUUAUGUUCUUAUGUCUCUGCACAUUUAUUGGGCUAACAUCUUCAUCAUUCCUAAGGUGGUGUUAGAUGGUGUUUCUGCUAUUUGCAUAAAUUAUCUUUGGGAAGGGAGAGCUGUUUAUACAAGAGCUCCACCCAUAGCCUUGGAUAUUGUGUGCAGAUGUAAAAAUCAAGGUGGGUUGGGUGUGCAAAAUUGUCAUACUUGUAAUAUUGCAGCUAUUGGAAAGCAAAUCUAG